AUGCCUGGCUUCCGUGGGUCCCUGAGGCCUCUCGGCAAGGUCAAGGGCCAGGCCACCGCAGACCUCGUCACGAGCGCCGCGGUGGCCGCGUGGAAGCGGGCUGCCGCGGGCGUCGGCGCGGCGGUGCAGCACCCGGAGGCGUUCGACCUCGCCUCGGCGGUCGUGCGGCGAAUGCUGCGCCUGGACGAGGAGAGCGGCGCCCCCGUCAUAGCACACUCGAUGGUCCAAGCUGGAGGCGCCAUACAAAUCACGACCGCUGCAUACCUGCGCGCUCAGAGCCUGGCCGGCCGCACCCUGUGUCGGGGGUGCGGCUUCUUCUUCGGCACUGGAGGCCCUCUGAGGCAGCACGCCUCGAGCGCUACCAGUACCAGGUGCUUGGACCUGGCUGCUGCAGAGUACUACGAGAAGCCAUGUCGCGAUGAUGGCCUGAGCCUUCCGCAGCUGGAGCGGAGCGCUUCGAGGCCCGAGUAUGCAGCAGGCGUUGCGGCUGUUCUGGUCGAGACCGCCGUGGCAGACUCGGCAUCAGUACCGCCAGCGCCAGAGCGACCAAAGGAGACCGACGGUCAGCCACAUGGACAGCUUGAGGCGGGCAUCGUUGCAGCGAGGGACGGUGAGCUUCACAUCAUGCAACAGCUGGUCUCAGAAUGCCGUUGGGACCCACUGGCAGCUGCCGACCACCACGGCAAUGGUCCCCUGCAUUGGGCUGCUGGUUCCGGCCAUCUUGCUGUGUGCCGCUGGCUUGUAGAGGAGUGCGGCUUAGACCCUGGCAAGACGAACGCUAAACAUCACGGUCGUUCAGCGCUCCAUUGGGCAGCUCGGAACGGCCACGAGGCGACAUGUCAAUGGUUGUUGCAGCGCGUUGGGAAUUCCCAUGUGGACGUCGAGACCGAUGGCGGUGACACCCCGCUGAUGCUUGCAGCUUGGCAGGGCCACGUUGGGGUCUGCAGACUGUUGGCGCUGGCCAGGGCAGACGUGCAUCACCUCAACAGCUGGGGGUGCAACGCCAUGCACAAAGCUGCGCGUAUGGACGGCUCGUCUUCGUCAUUGGAGAUGCUCAAGUUUUUGCACGAGAGAGGAUGCGACCCGCAGUUGGUAAACUGCAACGGGCACAAUGCCUUGCACAAGGCUGCGCAGCAUGGAUCUUCCGCUGCUGUGAGUUGGUUGUUUGAUGAGGCCGGAUGUCGCACUCGUCUCGCUGUCACGCUCGAUCGGGAUCGAAAUUCUCCAUCGGCAUUGGCGUAUGCUGCUGGCUACCGCGGGCUCGCCUCAGAGAUGCGACAUGUGGAGGAUGUACUGUGGUUGGCACCCGCGCUGUUCCACCCUCCGUCAGGCAAGGAGGAUGGUGCACGAACGCCCUGA